AUGGCGGAAAUUGCCGGGACAAUUGCGGAAACUGCCGGGCGGCAGCUCAAGAAGAAAGUCGUCUCGCAGAGGCUGCUCAAGGCCUUGGAUUCUUAUACAAGAUUGGCUGAAGCACCUACGCUGAACUUUGAGGAAAUUGCAGAGGCAGAGGCAGAGGCAGCUCGUAUAGCAGAGGAACAGGCAAAGGCAGAUCGUUUGGCACAGGAAAAGGCGGCACAGGAAAAGGAAGAGGCUGAUCGUUUGGCACAGGAAAAGGAAAAGGCUGAUCGUUUGGCACAGGAGAAAGUAGAGGCUCGUCGUUUGGCACAGGAAAAGGAAAAGGCUGAUCGCUUGGCACAGGCGAUUAAGGAAAAGGCUGCUCGUUUGGCACAGGAGGCAGAGGAGAAGGAAAUGGCUGCUCAUUUGGCACAGGAGAAGGAAAAGGCUGAUCGUUUGGCACAGGAGGCACAGGAGAAGGAAAAGGCUAAUCGUUUGGCACAGGAGAAGGAAAAAGCUCAUCGUUUGGCACGGGAGAAAGAAGAGGCCGAUCGUUUGGCACAGGAGAAGGAAGAGGCCGAUCGUUUGGCACUCGAGAAGGAAAAAGCUGAUCGUUUGGCACAGGAGAAAGAAGAGGCCGAUCGUUUGGCACAGGAGAAGGAAAAGGCUGAUCGUUUGGCACGGGAGAAAGCAGAGGCCGAUCGUUUGGCACAGGAAAAGGAGAAGGCAGAUCGUUUUGCAGAGGAAGCCACACAGGCAGGACACUUGGCCGAGGCACUAAAGGCUCAAACAGAUGCCUUGGAGACGCAGCUGGAUGAGGAUUUGCAAAAGCAGAUCACAACAAAGCCGGGCUUGUGCAAAGUAGCCGCAGCUGCAAAGCAUGCUCCCGCCAGUGUUGCUCCGAGCGCCAUGAAAGCCAGGGACCAGUUUCAAGCUGGUGGCAAAGAGAGAGAGAACGUGUACAAGUUGUUCGCACAGUGUCAGCACAAUCCGGAGAUCUUUAUGAACAAGUACAGCGCCACCCACGAAAAGGAGAGCGAGCUACAGGUGUCUGUGGAGUUUGAGUACUUGACCAAGAAGGAGAUGGCUGAUGAUCACAACAUGUCGAAGAAGACAGACCGGGUGAAAACGUCCGAGACAAGGGAGAUCGAGGCUGCCGGCGAGGGAACUGAGGAGAUGGAUGUGGAUUUGGGUGAAGCCUUGGAGCUACCCCCAAGUUCCUUGCAAGCAAAUUGUCAACAGCCAGCAACGCUUGCUGAUGCUGCAGAUGGUUUGACACAGACACCGCCACCGAAUGAGGAGGUCAGCAAAUUGUUGAAGCGCUUGGGCUACCCAGAGGUUCAUGACUGCAAGGCCUCUGCUUUGAUUGACAAGGCCGUUGGUGCUUGCACUAAACGGUUGAAGAAGCUUGCUGAGCUGCUACCGUCUGACAGCUGCCCCCCACCUGAUCCCGCAGCCCAAACCGCGAACAUGGACCUCAAAGAGAAGACUUGCCCUCAGCCGAUGUACAACAAGAUCCGGUCGGUCUACGCAGCCGUGGACUCUUGCUCCGAGGCACUCGAGAAGUACAAGGCUGAUGGUUUGGUGGAUGGCUUUACUGAGCAGUACCGCUUUGGAUUUAUAGGUGCGAAGGGUGAUGCCGAUUGGCACUUCGAUGCCGGAAGCUUCAAUAGAUCGUAUCAUCGGAUCGGCCCUGUAAAUCCUGCGAAGAUUUGCCCUUGGUGUGAUGCGGGAUCCGAAGGCUUCCCGUAUACUGAUGUUUCCAGUGCGCCCAAGUGGCUCGAAACGGUGGGUGCUUCGGAUCCAUGGGACGAAGACCCUCCCCUGUCUGCAAUUCCCUUUUCGGAAAGCUUCGGUGCAUUUAUGUACAAGAAUGAUCCCUUCCAUGUAUUGAAGUUCGGAAUCUUUAGGGAUGCCACUGCCAGCUGUGUGACAAGAUUGGCCCAGCUAGGGUUUUGGGACUUCGAUUCCGAAAAUGAGCUGCAGAACGUCCCGGAUCGGCUUUCCAGAGCUUAUGGCUGUUACCGCUUGUGGUGUGCUGCAAACAAGAAGCUGCCAGCGCUGAAAGGUUUUACGAGAGCCAACAUGCAUUACGAUACCAAUUCGGCCUUCGCCUGGUUCAAUACUAAGGGCAGCGAGGUGGUGAUAUUACUGCAGUGGCUCGACUUUCAGGUGUCACUUUUCCUACGGGAUGUCCAGGUUGAGAACCACCGGGCAGAGUUGUCAGCAAUGAAGCAGUUGGUUCGUGGUGGCCUCGACUAUAUUGGCAUAAUGCACUCCCACGGCAUAUGGUUGCCUCAAAGUUGUGCCCGUGUCAAACUGGACAGUGGCUUGACUUUCGCCAGGGGCUAUGCCUACAUGGCUAGUCGUCUGACUGCUGCUGGGGCUUCGGGGUUCCGACUGCGACCCAAGCUUCAUUAUUUUAUGCAUAUGUUGACAGAGCUGCAGCAACAGUUGGAUUCUAGAGAGCCGUUUCUAUUGAAUGCCGGACUAUGGCUAUGCGAAAGUAAUGAAGAUUUCGUGGGCCGGGUUGCAAGAGUGAGCCGUCGUGUUCAUCCGCAGACAGCUGCAGUCCGUUGCUUGCAACGCUACUUGGUGAAAGUUCGCUUCUUGUUGGAACGGCUCUCGCGGUGA